UUCCGCCUCGCAUUGCUCUCUCUCCUCCCCCGUCUCUCUUGUUAGGGUUAGCCCCGCGGCGGUGACCUCACCGCCUUCGCGUCCUCUUCCUUCCUUCCCUUGGUUCCGAAGUCUCCCCCUUCUCAAAUCUUGCUCAGUGAUUCUGAUCCGGCGGCCAUGGCGACGGCGGUGCUCAGAUCCCAUGACGCGCUGAACAACCGGAUGCAUCUGGACGCGUUCACGCCGUCCCCGACGAAGCCCCGCCGGCGCCGCAGCCCCAAGCCGGCGGGCGCGUCCUCGCCGCCCCCUAGGGCUGCAGCGGUAGCCUCUCCGGCGCCUAAGGCGGCGGUGGUGGCGUCACCGCCCGUUAAGGCGGCGGCAGCGGGCCGCCGCUCGCCACCGGCGAGGCCGGCUGCUCGGAAGCAGCCGUCCCCGACGAAGGAGAAGCCCAAGCAGCGGCUUGUCAUGGAGGAGGUCCGGAUCCUCAAGCGCGGCGAGGAGCCGCCUGCUCCCGCCCCAGCGCCGGCGCCAGUCUUAGCAGCGCCCCUGGCGAAUGCCGCUGCGGCUGUUGACCAGCGCGCCCUCUGCUCCACUGGCCGGAUCGGGCCGCAGGCGCCCGCCGUCGUGCCGACGAAGAAGAUCAUGGCCGACGCGGCUGGCUACGCGGGCCCGGCUUUUGCUGCCGCGGCGCCCGAGCCGAGCUCGCUUCCCAUGCCGGCUUUCUUCCUCCGGCGCGCGGAGUCCGAGGCCACCCGCGGCCUCCGCUGCCUCCUCCGCAUCGGCGAGGUCGCCUGACACGGCCCCCGCCUGCCCCAGCCGGACUAGCGUCCGCUCCUCUGAAGUCGUCGCCUUUCUGCUUAGUCUCUCCUCGUCUCCCUCGUCUCCGGUGGUUCCCGACCCAGGAUGGAUCUAUGGAUGGUUAGCGCCUGAUGGGCGAUUGGAUCCGAUGGAAAGCAUCUCCGGAUCAGAUCAGAUUCCCGGUAGCCGCUCCGACCAACCUCUUCCGGUAUUUUUUCAGAGGAAGGGUUGGGGAACGAGCAACCGGUGGUUGGAUUUGGUGGUGGUUAGGUUCACAAGUUGCUUGCAGCUCGGUUUGCUUCUGUGGAAAGCUGAUGUCUUUAGGUAGAAUAAUAACUAGGCUGGUUGGUGGAUCAAGGUCAGGCUGGUGGAUGGUUACUUUGUUCUAGAUGGUGUUUGGUUCAGGAGUUCAGUUGGGAGUAAAUUAGCGUGUGAAAUAGCUGCUUGGUUUAGGUGAUCUGCUAGUGUUACUGGACGACCUGAGUGUGAUUAAGGUUAUAGGUUAUCGUCGCAAUAAUUGAAGGUUUGGUGUGCGUUUGGUGUUUUGAGGUAGAGGGUGUGUUCGUUGAGUCAUGAACUAAGUUAUUAUCGGUUAUGUGAUAUUAGUGGUCAGGUGAAGGUCGAAUGUAAGAUAUAUAUCUCGUGGAGUAUGUAUCUAUCAGUUUAGCUGUGAUAUAUAUGUGUUAAAUUUGGAUAUGGAUCUCAA